AAAGGAAACAUGUAACACCAGUAACACAUUUACAUUUAGUAAAUAAGAGAUAAUCAAAUUUCACUGGAACCAAUUCAGCAUGAAAUCAAUCUGUCAAAGAGAACGCAUUCAUUUUGCUUGAGUCUACCAGCAAUUACAAUAGACAGUCGAAAAGUUGUGAGCAAACUUUCCGACAAUAAUAUCAAUUACAGACCAAUGCGAAGCUGCAAUUUGAGUUAUGGAUUCAUUUUACCCGAGGAGACUACAAAUAAUGAAGACGAUGUUAGUAGUAAAUCCAGAAAACCUAGUUCAUCUGCUUCUUCAAGUUCAUCGGUAUCGAUAUCAGGAUCUGUGCCAGCUUCAACAUCAUUAUCAGCAUCAUUUAAACAAAGAAAACAUGUAGUAAAAGAAUUAGUGAAAACGCAAGCUGAUUUUGUGUCAGAUAUGAAAAAUGUCUUGAUUGCAUUUGAUUCUGUUACUGAAUCUAAUCGAUAUUUAUUAUUGGGAAAUUUGGAUCAAUUGGUACGUGUUUCUGAUGAUAUUUCAAUGGCGUUACAAAAAGAAAUAUCUAAAUAUACUAAUGACCAGCUUGGUAAUGCUUGUAUCGCUAAAUGUAUAAAUUCGUUCAGAUUAUCUAUGAAUGAAGCGUUGAAGACGUAUAUCUUAAAUUUUUCAGUAGAUGCUUCCACAAAGAAUCCAGAAAUUCAAGCGUUUUCAGUGCUUGGUUUCAAAAAUCUACAAAGUGAACGUCCAAAUAUAUUGACUUUAAAUGAUGAAUUAAUUAAACCUGUUCAAAGAUUAGUUAAGCUAAAACAACUGUUUGAAUUAUUGAAAGAUGUAACACCAAUAAAUCAUCCAGACUGUUUAGCAACUACGCAGAUGUUCAACAACUUUGAUCAAUUAGCCUAUGACGUGAAUGAAGUCAAACGAUGGAAAGAGAUUUGUGCCAGUGUUUCUGAAGAAACGCGAAAAUAUUCUCUAUUUCAAUUAGUUGACAAGAGCACUAAAAGAAUAAUAGCAAUGGCUGCACGUAGCUCGGGCUCUGAAGCUACUCGUAAAAUUCAACAAAAGUUUCUAACAGAACGAGAAGCCAUAAAUCAUAUCGAGAAAUCUUGUGCAUCAUUACAGAGUGCUGUUGAGUCUCGAAGUAAGAGAACUCAGAGAUUUAUAUUGGCACAUAAAGACUUUAUCUGUUUUAUGAAAAAAACAUUUUUACAACAAAGCAUAAUCAAACUUCAUCCUGAUAUACCAACAAAUAAUUGUUCAUCAAAUGAAUUACCUGUCGAUCUAAUAAUAAACUAUGAAAUUGCAUUUGAUACAUUAAUUCAUUAUAUGGAUGAUAUAUAUAUGAGAAAAAUGUCAUCCAAUGUACUUAAUCGUCUAAGUGAAUUGAAAAAAUUGAUAAAUAUUUCAAAGCGUCUUUUGGAUAAAUACGAUAAUACAGAAUUGAACAUUGUUUUAAUGGAAGCUUCAAUGAAAAACCAUAAAAAUAUUCAAGCUGUUGUUAAUAUGCAAUUACAAAGAGAAGACAAUAUGCGAAAUCUGUCUACUUUACAGUUUGGUCUACAAAAUAUUCUACCGUCAUUGGUAAAAAGUGCAAAUAGUAUUUUAAUAUCAGCUAGUCAAUACGCUUUUAUACUUCAAUCAAAUCUUAUGCAAGAAGCUGAAAAUUUAGUUCACAAGUGUAUCAACGAUACUGAAAAAAGCAAUAUAUCUAUACAACCUGGAUGUAAUAUAUCUCCUGCAGAAUUUAUUAUUCGUGUAGAUAAAUUAAAAUCUCUCCUCUACGAAGCAAAACGUUGUCGAACUCAUAGAACAUAUGAAGUACCUAAUGGGCUUAAGUGGGAAGAAGAAUCAACGUGUAGUGAUAAGAAUAAUUUACCUCUUCAAGAAUCUCCUGUGAUGUCAGUUAGCAGUCAUCUAUCAACCUCAGGUAUAGAUACUCAUCCCUGUCUAACAAUUCCAACUGGAAGUGUUAUUAGCAAUUCCUUAUCGCCAUAUCCCGAAAUGAAAAUUAUUUAUCAUGAGUCUGAUAACCAACAAGAGCAAAAACUGUGCACAAUUUCUUCAGGUGAUCACAUUAAACAUACAAAUACGAAAGAACAACCUUCAACUUCAAAACACUGUGUGAAUGAUGGUUUAUUCGAUAAACCAACUCACAGAAUUACUCAUGACUUUUCUUCUAAAAAUAAAAGUGUUGUGAUAUCGGCCAAAGGUCAGUUAGUGACAAUUAUAAGAUCUUAUGGUCGCAAUGGGAAUACCAAUUGGAGUUUAGUCAAAUUUCAUCCAUGUGGUGAAAUUAAAUUUGUACCAACUAAUUACCUUGAAGCAAUAUAAAAUGCAUAACCUUAUAGAUUUCUUUGGUUUCAUUUAAAAUCGUUCAUUUACUAAAGUUUCAUUCAUUUUUACAAACUAGUAGUUUUUUGGUAUCAAACCAUUUAGUGAUUCUAAAUCUUGAACGAAACAUAUGUCUAAUAUUCAUUUUGUUGCAUGAAUGACUUCAGAUCAUAUUCAAAAGAGUGAUUAUUUUCGAAUAUUUUAAUUACAGUUGUCCUAUACAGAUGAGACUAAAUAGUAAAAUAUAGAGAAAAUUACUCUAUCAACUGAUUUAACUAGUGUCUACAGUAUAAAUAUAAAACAUCUAGUAAACGAGUCAUUCCUUCUUCUACGUUGUAACUCAAAAAAUAUCUGAAGCGGUUCACAGUUUUACUUCUAUUGAAUCAACCUUUUUUUUAAGUAACUGACUUAAAAUACACUUUAUACACUUAACUUUAUUUUCAGAGUUGAACUAAACACCUUGACUUUUAAAAACCAUUUAUCAGUAACAUUAGAGUUUCCAGAUUUCCAAAUAAUCAUCCACAUGGAGAAAGUAAACUUGGUAUAAAUUACCUUUCCAGCUCCAAUUCGAUGAGAUAGAAGUCUAAAAACUUUUAAAAUGUCAUGAAUCUACGCCGUAUACUAUUGAUAUACGUUAGUUUCAUUUGAGUUUCAACAAGACAUAUAAAACAACAGCUAAACACGAAACAUAUUGAUUCAUGACAAUGAGUUAUUGCUGUAGUUCCUUUUAGGAAGAUAAUCAUGCUCAUAUAAUGAAAAAUAUUCAUCAAGGAAAACUUGAAGAUGUAGUUUGAACUGGUAAGAUGUAUUCAGCUGAGAUGCCUUAGUACUACUUAGAUAAACUUCCAUAGUAAUCAACACAAUGGUUCAAGGCGGUUGAAUCAAUGUGUUGUGGGGGAUAUAAAUCUGAUUCCUGAUUUGGCCAUAUAAAUGAUUUUUGUCAAAAUAUACAUCCUGUCUAUCCUCGUAUGCAAUACAUGACUUAAUCUACGUUGAUGGAUAACGGAGUUAAAUAAGUUUAAUACGAGAAUGGAUUUCGAAUACAUAUAUUUUGUACAUUCAUUGAUCUGGACAGAAAAUCAGAGGGAUGAAGCGAACAGAAGAGAGCGAAGCAAAAAUUACAUGCAUUGGAGAUGGAGGGUAAGCCAACUCGCCUUAAUCAAUGUUUAUAGUCAGAUAAAAUAAAUUACAGAUAUGUGAUGUAUAGGAUAAAAAGUGCUCACACACAUACGCUCAUAUAAAAACAGUCAGGGCUAAUGAGUGAAUAAUUAACAAGGUCAACGCAUGACUCAUGAUGGAUAGGUAAUUUGAAUAGUCCAGAAGCUAUAAUAUGGUAUAUGGGCUUAACGUAUCAGCCGACACUAUAGUGUAUCAGAUAGUGCCGAAUAAGUAGACAGAACACUUAAUAUAACCCUUUCACGAAUGAUAAGUUCCUGAAGUUUUACAUCAAUAAGUUAAACCAAGGCUGAUGAUCCCAAGAAUCUGUCAGCCUGUCUCACAUUGAUUGAGCGAUUAAAACCUUUGACCUGUCAAAUACUGACCUUUAAUAUAUCAGUAUUAGUCUCCUUAGAAGAUUGUUUUUACUAUUGGAUCUCAACCGGUUAUGCACUAGGCUUUUCAAUACGUUUAAUAGUGUAGUGGUAAAUCCAUCCCCAUUAAUCUGAAGGCACUCGAUCACGCAUCCGCACCAGAUUACGAGUGGGUACGUCGUGCUACGCAUCUCUUACAACUGUUAGCAAGCGUAGACCAAAUGAUCCUCGAUAUAUCGACAGAUUUCCAAGUAUAACUUUGAACUCCUUCAUUUCUGUCUUCUGAUUUGGUAUGGAGGUUUUGCAUGUAAAGGUGUUUUCAAACUCCAGAUGGUUAUUACAUCUUUAGUAGUGAGCUCGAUGUGAUCUGGUACACCAAACAGUGAGUUAUGCGUCUUUUCCCUGUUGGAACAUUAUAUAUCAUUCCUUGAAUUUCGUACGUAUUGUGAUAUUGUUUUUAUAUUUUCGGAUAUUUUCCAACCCUUCAGUAAACUUUGUGUUCGUCAUGGCGGGACAGACUCGAGUUAUUUAAGAUUAAGACCCUUUCGCCUCAUUUCAGCAAAUCCAUUCAUGACCCAACAAUUUCGAAGCCUGUUUCUGCUUCGCAGAAGCUGACUCUCACAAGCACUACAUGACCGAUCCACAUGCACAACCCCCAUAGUAAAGUGGGCGCUACGGUGCGGUCUCAACGGGUUGGCCUUGAGAUUCUCUUAGUUCUUAAUAUAAUUACUCAGCUAUCGCUACAGACCUUGAACACCGGCUGGAAUCUCGACUUUUUCCGUUGUCUAACUACACCACUAGGAAUCGCGCGACCCCGAACAACUCGAAAUUGCUUACCACGAGCAGGCGUAUUGAAAACAAUGUUGCUUCGUUUGUCGUGUGAAGCUACGGUUAGCUUAUAGGAAUAUGGUGAGUUUAAUUUGUGCUUGGAUGCUGGCUCACUUCUGGUGCUUGUAUUGGAGCUGUAACGGAACAUGGAAGCAGUGCGGAAAUAUACUAAACAGAGUGGGUACACCAUAAUUUUUUACCUAUACUUUAGACUUUCUGUGUGAUUGUCAAACAAUUACAAUUAUUUUUAAUCUGCUUGUUGAUUACUGUCAGUUAUUGAUGUUGCUAUUGACAUAGUUUUGAGAGCAACCAACCAGUUGUCGUGGCAAAUUUUUGCUCAGUUGUACAUAGUUUCCACACUUCAGUGUCGAUCGAUGGUAUUAUUUGUGGGUUGAUCCAUGGGGUGGGUUUAAAAAAAAACAUUGUGAAUAAAAAAUCUUCAAGGUUCAAAUGCGUUUCAUAUCAUGCUGCCGCAGAAUAGCUAAAUGAUGAUAUGAACAUCCUUCCAUUUGAUUCUGGACAGUAUUUGAUUUGAUAACUUUCAAGACUUUCAUUAAAAGUACCUACUUGUGUUUGAUUGAUAGGAUCUAACAGAGCCACAUAAGAAAUUGCAUGCGAAUCCACAAAUUUGUAGCACAUCUUUCUCAGUGUUAACUUCUUCAGGGGUACUGAGGAUUUUAAGGCAUCUUCUGGUGGAUAAUACAUGCAGGACCGUAAUUUCCACAUAGGAUUUCAUUUCAUGUUUUUGCUAAACUCGGUUUUUUCAUCUGUUCAUUUAGGAUGUGUUACAGGAGCAUACUCUCGGAAGACAUGUGUGAAGACAGCUUUAGAUGAUCGAAUUGAAUAAAAUCAUACUUUUAUUUGCAGCGUUCGCUGACUAAAUGAAUGGAAAAUGCUGAGGAACACCAGUCAUUGCAAUUUUAUUUAACACCAAGGAAAGACAAUUACUUACCUUUCAGUUCAAUAAUGUUUCACAGGUUCUAAUAGGACAUACACUCGGUCAAAUCUCCGGGCAAGGGUUGGCAAGUAUCUUAGUUUCCCUUUGGACCAAAUCGACUACCUGGCUCUCUGUGUCAGAUAAAGAUAAACAUCGGAACUCAAAUGUUUUCAAGUGUCUAUGGUAUUAAAGAUGGAUUUCAUUUCUAUCUUCACUCGUAUAUCUCGUGAAUUCGCACGAAAGAUCAUAAUUGCUAACUGACGCCUACGUCAUACCGAAAGCCUCGAUUCUACUUCGAUCUUAGCAUGAAUGGUUGUUAUAUUCGCAAAUUUUGAUCAAAUAAUGAUACAAUUUGCUUCUAUUUUUGUUUGCAGAUUGCGAAAUAUCAAAAUAUUGUUCUGUAUAAUGAUAGUAAUGAUAAAUUUCGUAAAAAGCACUCAGCGUUUCGGCCAGAAUGCAUGAGGAUAAACAGAAGGUAAAUUAGAACACAAACGUUCCAGGCCAAAUUCGUAAAGAAACAAAGUUUAAAGCUAAACAAACGUUUAUAAAAUCAAUAAUAAGGGGCGGUACUCACAAAAUUGUUUUAUGAUGAGCUAAUCGUUUUCAGAUUCCUAAGGAACAGUCCAACUUGUUCACUUCUAGUGUAUCAAAACUCAACAUUAACUCGGUGGGUAAUAAAAUCUCGGGGAUUUCAUUGAAAACGCUAUUUUCCACCUUUUUGUUCUCGCUAUAGCAUUUUCCCACGUAUCCUGAAAUUUACCACGCCUAGUAGUAUAUUGGAAGUUUGACAGGUAACGCUGACAAUAUUUUUCUUCUGUUAUGUGUCCUAUGUUCUAAAUAAUUCAUUUUGAACUACGCUUAAUUGGCUAGCUAAGCCAUGUAGCUUCAAAGUGGUGGAGACUUAUUAAUUUAUCUUCUGGGCCAUUAGAUAAGUCGUUCUACUGUUUCCAUGGUCUAGUGAUGGCAAAUAUCUUUUACAAUUACUGUCAAAACCAUAAGCUUCACUCCCUAAAAGGAAAGUUCUAAAGAUUUACCCUUAGCUACUAAAAUUAUCUGGUGAUGAACCUUGAAUAAGCGUGAUCAUUACCAGAUGAAUUAACUGGUUUUUAGUACCAAUGGUAAUAGCAGGCUAAAUUUCUGAGCGGUUCCGAGGUAAAUUCAUGCGCUUCGCAAUACAUGCGUUUUGGGUCUCAUAUAAUCUACGUAACUGAAAUAUCGUUUUGAAGAUGAUUAACGUGGAUUCUAUGAUGUAUGAUACCUCAUUAAACUAAAAAACUUUCUAGGACAGCCACAGAACAAUAAGCAAAAACCCUGUGUUUCAGGAGACCUGCAUUCCGUAGGCUCAGUCUAUUUGCAUCGAAACUGCUACUUCCCGUUGCUGAAAAUUACACCAGCCAACAAAAAUGUUCUUUCGACCUAUUCCCAACAUUGCGUCUUAUAUUAUUGCUAGGUUUUCAUUGUGUCCUACUUUUCAACUUUUUUAUGAACACUAACUUGAAAUUACACCAGCGCUUUUUUCCAAAUGCAGGACGAAAUAAAGUAGUGGGAACAUGAUAACGAGUAGUUUAAUCAGGACUAUGAAUAAAAAAUCUAUCUUCACAAACUUCGACAUUCUAUCGCCAACAGCCCGGCAACCUGUAACAGUAAAAUUAAGUAAUAAAGGCAUAUCUUUAACCAAAGUCAAAUAAUAAAAGCUUAAACAAAUAAUGCUGAAGAAAAUCAAACAUGGUUUCAAGAGACCCGAGUAGGAAAUAAAAACGAAAUAGAAAACUAAAUAGAAAUACAGUCCUAUAAAAACUUGAGGGACUUCCAGCUAGUUCUUUUCUAUACAACAUGGUUCUAACAAAGAAUUGUCAUGCAUGAGUAACAGCCUAAUAGUUAGACAAUGGUGAAUGUCAUCAUGUGGUAAUAAAAACAUUGGAGGAUAUUAUUUACACUGAACUCAGUAAAACAUUUGACUUGGUGUCCCGUAAGAGAUUCCUAACGAAGUUGAGAAAUUUAGGAAUUUAUAGACGUCUGUGGCAUCUUUAGUAACUUUUGUAAACUGAUCCAAGAAAAAACUCGACACUCAUAGGACCUUAUUGAAAAAAGAAUAACACCGGACGUCAGCCUUUCAACAGUGCACAAAUCUCAAUCCUUUGACUAAAGUCUCCUACCUAUCAAUCAAAGUCUUAAUAAUAAUGAGUGGGGGUAGACACCAUUAUCCACCUCUGUAGGUCGUGACUGGUACCAUUUCACAGCGUUCUGUCUCGUUUAACUUGCCGCUUCGUUGUAUUCAUUGGCGUCUCUCCUGACGUUCAUAUAACAUUGAUGAUACAGACGUGAUGUAAACAUGUCUAGGUCGAUUAAAAUACCAACAAUUGCAAACUAACUAUGAGUUCGACAACAAGAGACUGCAAUGAAAAUGAUCAGUCAUUACUUGCAAAGGUGAAAACUAUCGUAUAUCUCUCCAUAAUCGCACAUAUUUUGGUGAUAGCUCCUAAACUCCUAAUGAAUUUCCGACAGGCGGUAUUUUCAUGAAGGUCAUUCGGGAGGUCACUCUGAGUCGUCACCAACUUACUGGAACCUCGAGCACCUAUUAGGACUGGGUCGGUUAUAUCCUUACCAAUCCCAUUACUUUUCAUCUAUAUAUAUGACGGUUGACCACGGCGUUUAAAUUAGUGUAGUGACUAUCCAGAUCUAAUGACUCUUGAAAUCAGAUUAUGUUUGUCCACUGUGAUUUAAGAGCCAAUGGAAUUUAUUCUUGAUAUUUACUCAGCAGAGAAAAUAUGAGAAUCAUAAAAAUUUCUUGUUUCAAUCUUGUAGGGCCAAGGAAAUAUCACUGAGUUCUGGGGAAAUCAUCCAGCAGUUAGGUCACUGUCUAGUU